AUGAGCGAUUUUCAAGAUGAGGGUAUUGCUAUCGUUGGAAUGGCAUGUCGGCUUCCUGGAGACGUCAAGGACCCUAAAUCCUUCUGGGAUCUCCUGAUGAGCCAAAAGUUAGCACGAGGUCCCUUUCCAACCAGUAGGUUCAAUGCUGCGGCCUUCUUCAACCCACAGAAGGGUCGACCGGGGAACAUACGAUAUCAAGAGGGCUAUUGUAUCUCCAACGACCUUGAGCACUUCGAUGAGUCCGGAGGCAUCACCCUGGAGGAUAUUUCUGAAACUAUGACUGGUGUCUACGUUGGCAAUUUUGCAAGCGACUAUGAAACUCUGGCAUUCAAGGAGCCCGAGCGGAUUGAAGGUAUGGCCGUUUUGGUGCAAGCUCUCCGCAAUGGGGAAAUACCCGCGGCAUUUGUCGGCGGCGUCAAUCUCAUUCUCACCCUAGAGUACCACUUUGCCAUUGGGCAAAUUGGAGCCCUUUCCCCAACUGCACAGUGUCACGCAUUUGAUGAAUCUGCAGAUGGCUACUCUCGAGGAGAAGCCAUCAAUGUUUUAUACCUGAAGCGAGUUUCGGAUGCGAUCAGAGAUGGCGAUCCCAUUCGUGGAGUUAUUCGGGGAUCAUCUUUGACUGCUAAUGGAAAAAACAACGGCAUCACCCUCCCAAGUGCUCUCGCUCAGGAAUUAUCUAUCCGAAAGGCAUAUGAGCACUCAGGACCUUUGUCCUAUGAGUCAGUUGGCUAUGUUGAGUGCCAUGGCACUGGUACUCCCGCGGGAGAUCCGAUCGAGACGACCGCGAUCGGAAACGUGUUUGGCAACCACCGGGAGUGGCACGACCCUUUAUAUAUUGGAUCAACAAAGCCACAAGUCGGCCAUGGCGAAGCUUGCUCUGCAAUAACUAGUAUCAUAAAGGUGGUACUGUCAAUGGAGAAUGGAAUAAUUCCAGGGACUAUUGGUGUUAAGAAGCUCAAUCCUGCAUUGGAUCUCAGAGGAGGUGCCUUGGCAGUUGUCACGAAGAACACCCCCUGGCCGGAAGGGAAAGCAAAACGUGCAUCUGUCAACUCCUCUGGAUACGGUGGGGCCAAUGGCCACGUCGUUAUCGAUGGAGUGGAUGAGUAUUUCAAGAGCAUUGGCAUGUCCAAUCCUUAUCAAGAGGCUCCUAGGAUUGACCCCUACAGGACGAUUCUUCAAACGAAGUUCUUACUACCCGUCACCGGGCAUGAUGAAUUCUCCAUGAAAAGAAAUGCUGAAAACCUGAUACUGUCUCUAGAAUCUCACAGCCAUGACUUCCACGAACUUUUGCAUACCAUGAUUGCACGUCGUACACGAUUCUCUCACCGCGCAAUAAUCCCAAUAGAGCUUGGCAUCGAGAAGACAUUGACCGGAGAGCCAGUCACUGGCCGUACGAAUAACACCAUUCCAAUUGUCGCAUUUGUCUUCACGGGGCAAGGUGUUCAGUGGGCAGGGAUGGGCCGCCAAUUGUUGGAUUGUUAUCCAUCAGUGCAGCGGACAUUCAAGAAAUUGAAUUUGGCAUUGAAAAACUUGAAGCAAUCACCAAAGUGGACACUCGAAGAGAUUUUGAUUGAACCAGAAGAGACCAGCAAGAUCGGGGAGGUUUCCUUUUCCCAGCCUGUCUGCACUGCUAUCCAAAUUGCAAUUGUGGAUCUACUAUGGGAAUGGGGUGUGAUGCCUGAAGCUGUUAUCGGCCACUCGUCCGGUGAGCUUGCUGCUGCUUACGCGGCAAAACUGAUUACUGCAGAAGAUGCUAUCAUAGCCGCCUAUCUGAGAGGUGUACAUGCAACGCUUACACAGGCUCCGGGAACUAUGAUCGCGGUAGCUCUGGGCGCGGAUGAGACCGAGAAGCUCCUUGUCGAGAAUGGUAUAUUAUCAACGGAUGCCGUUAUUGCUUGUGUCAACUCCCAGAAUAGUGUCACACUGAGUGGAAAGUCUGAGCCCAUGGACGCAAUCUACAAAUUAUUGAAGGAGCGCUCGAUCUUGUGCAAGAAAUUGAUGACCGGCGGGAAGGCUUAUCAUUCUCCAAGCAUGAAGGAGGUUGGAUUGGGCUACAGCGAGGCCAUUCUUGAAGCCACUGAGUCUAGGGACGAAACUGUUGCCCUCGCAAAUGGGGAUGAGAAAGUACAGCGGCCUAUCAUGAUCUCAACAGUGACUCUAGGACAGCUCCAGUCAGGUAAUGUUGAUGGAAGCUACUGGCAGAGAAACUUGGAAAGUCCCGUUCUCUUCCACACCGCCAUGAACAAGCUACUUGGCCUCAAGUUUGGAGCAGAGGAGCGUCACGUCGAUUGUUUGAUCGAAAUUGGGCCCCACAGCGCCCUGAAAGGUCCCAUCAAACAGAUCAUCGCAUCUCCUGAAGUUUCGGGGAUCUGGAAUGCAAGCCUGGGAACUGCUCCCAAGGUGAGCUAUGAGCAGACACUUGAGCGUGGACACGACGCAGAAAACGAUAUGAUGCGACUGGCAACAAGUCUGUUUAUAAAGGGCUGUCCCAUUAAUCUGCUUCAUGUUAACGGCCACACUGUUUAUCGUCCCUCAAAUGUCAUCAUUGAUCUCCCCAUGUACUCAUGGAACCACGAAAUCCCACAGCCUCUGAUCGUCAACCGCUCUACCCACGACUACAAGUUUGCCUCCCACCCACGCCAUGAUCUGAUUGGCAGUCGGCUACCGGGAGGAAACCGCAUGGAGCCCGUCUGGAGAAAUUAUCUUCGCCUGGAUGAUGUGCCGUGGAUCAAAGAUCAUGUCAUUGGAAGUGCCAUUAUUGUACCCGGUGCAGCAUAUCUUGCCAUGGCCGUAGAGGCCGCAGCCCAGUUCGCAGAGGAUACUGUACUUGGUAGGCCAGAAUUCGACUUCGAGGAUGCCAAAUUCCAUCUUCAAACUGUCACUAUAAAGUCGGCACUUGUGCUUCCUUCUAGUGGCACUGCUGAUAUUAUGAUCAACCUGAGUCCCACUGAUGCAUCUGCGACAUCCAACCGGUUUGAGUUUAGAAUCUGCUCUGUAGCAGAUGAUAGAUGGAUUGAGCAUGCACAGGGUAUUGUCUCGUUUGAGAUGAGCCAUGGGGAAAAGACCAAAAAGUCACCCUUCAACAACGAGAGCGAAGACCCCAUCUUCGAGCAAAGCUUUGGCAAAGAUGUUUGGUAUGAGCGAUUGAAAUACCGUGGGUUCGAUUUCGGUCCACUAUUUCGGGUGAUUGAUGAGAUCGAGGUCCUUCCCCAUGCAUCUCGUGCUCGUGCUCGGGCCCCAAUUCUGAAGACCGCGGAAAGAACAACUGAAUUCGAGUCUCGAUAUGCAAUUCACCCUUUGACUAUUGAUGCCGUGCUUCAAGGUCGCGUCGCAUCUGUGUAUACCAGCCGUGCGGACAGAGAAGCUGCAACUCAAAUUCCUGUGUUCAUUGAGGAAAUGACAAUUAGCCCAUCCUCAUGGGCGCAGAAUCAAACUGGCAUUAUCGAUAGCGUUGCAUGGACCGAGGGUGCGCGAAGUGGUGGGUCUCACUCAACUCUGACAACUGAAAGCGGCUUUGAGAUCAUUGCAGCAAAGAACGUGAAAUGGCGACAAUUUGUGAACCAAGGUAGUCAAGAGAAGAUGAACAAAGAGGCCGGAAGAGAACCGUACUACCGCAUGCAAUGGAAACCGGACGUCGCCUUUCUGGACACCGAUUUGGCCCAUCGUCUGUAUCAUAGUGAUUUCAAAUCACCAAUUGGAACCGCGUACUUAGAUGAAGUGCACAAUAUUCGGACACGACUAGAGACGGUCACCGUUCUCUAUGUCUGCGGCGCUCUGGAAGUGAUGGAUCAAGAUGAGCUUCCUAAGGACCCGUCAUUGAAAUGGGUUCACGGUUAUUAUAACUGGAUGCGUCAUGUGAAGGCUGAAGCUGCAGCUGGACGCAUGAUACUGUGCGAACCAAAUGCCACAAGCCUCGAUCCUAAGCAACGAGAAUUGCGGAUUGCAGAACUUCUGUCGGAGCUGCCAGAAGACUUCCCACAGUUAGAGUUCAAUGCCAUUGUCUACAAAAAUAUGUAUGAGAUCCUCAAAGGUACUGUGGCAGGCAUUGAUCUCGCGGUCAAGGCGGAAAUUCUGGCCCGCGUGUACGCUGACGGCUCUAUCCACGACGCGGCCCGCAAGAACCUGGCGUCGGUAGUGGAUAUUUUGGCACAUAAGAACCCGACAAUGCGAGUGCUAGAGGUGGGUGCAGGUACGGGUAGCUGUACCAGCAUUGCUCUCGGUGUGCUCAAUGCCUAUGACCGUGACACGCCUGGCCACCAUGCCAAGCGUUAUCACGACUAUACUUUCACUGACAUCUCGCCUGCGUUUUUUGAGAAGGCUCAAGAUCUCUUCAGCCAAUACCCGCCUAUGAUCUACAAGACAUUUGAUUUGUCAGUCGACGCCGCUGCGCAGGGUUUCGAGCUCGGCCAGUACGACCUCAUCCUGGCGUCCAAUGUGAUGCAUGCCCCAGGGAACACUGACCAGCUACUGCGAAAUUGUAGUCGCCUGCUACGGGAAGGCGGCAAACUAGUCAUGCUAGAAAUCACUCAAACCGGUAGUCUAACGCCCGUGCAAUUUGCUUUCGGUACCUUGCCCAGCUUCUGGGAGUGUCUAGAUGAUGUCGAGGAUGAUCGGCGCCUGGGGCCUUUUAGGACUCUUCCAUCUUGGGAGCAGCAGCUCAAGGUCUCUGGAUUCACUGGUUUGGAUAUCGUUUUGACGGACUUCCCUGAGCCUUUGGCUCUGGAGAGUGUCAUGGUGGCUAGCGUGCGGGAGGAAAGUUCAAAUAACACGUGUGCUGCUACUGACCAAAUUAUUCUUGUCCAUUCCACAGCCCAAUAUGAGCUAGCGCUCGCCGUUGACAGUGAGAUCAUGAGAAAAGGGAGUCUCACCAACAGUCGCAUCAUGCACUGCGAUCUUGAAUCAAUACCUCCUAGUCAACUGCUGGGCAGUGGCAAGAUUAUUUACAUCGUCCUUGAAGAACUCAAAGAUCCAGUGCUCAUGGAUAUGCGACCGGAGCAGUUUGAAGGACUGAAGCAGCUCGUCUCGUCCGGGUCAAGCAUUCUAUGGGUGACUGGAGGAGAUUUGAUGGUGGGAAAGAAGCCAACACUGGCAAUGGUCCAUGGCAUCAACACCGUGCUCAUGAACGAGUUAUCCACCAAGAACCUCAAAUUUGCUACCCUCGAUAUUGACGACAUCGAUUCAAACAACACAGCUCACCAUGCCAAGUGGAUCACUGAAGUGUGCGUUAGUGUUUCUACAGCUCCAUCAAGGGCAACAUGCGAGACAGACUUCAUGCUUAAGGAUGGGAUCAUCUAUGUGAGCCGCGUGGUGCCGGAUAUGGAACUAAACGAAGAGUUUACCCUCGACACUGGAGCAGGGAGAAUUGAGCAGGAAUUUCCAUCUUCUGGAAAUGUUCAAUUGGCGUUAGAGACCCCUGGUCUUUUAGACACAGUCUAUUUCCGAGAGAAGCCGACUUGCGACAUUGACCUUGAAGCGGAUGAGAUUGAGAUCCAGGUCAAGGCAGUGGGCUUGAACAUGAAGGAUUACGUCAUCGCUAUGGGCAAUUUCGAAAGUGUGAAGUCCAGCAACGAGAGCACUGGCAUUGUAUCUCGUGUAGGGGAGAAUGUAACUCAUAUACAGCCCGGCGACAAAGUCCUCUGUUUGGAACGAGGCUAUUAUGAUACAUUCCUUCGCAGUCCCGUGGACAAGUGUGUUAGGCUCGACAAUGAUGCGGAUCUCAUCGAGAUGGCCACCGUUGGCAUCGCGUACGGAACUGCACUCUACGCUCUAGACUACCUGGCACACCUGGAAUGCAACGAAACGGUACUCAUUCAAGCCGCCACUGGUGGGUUAGGGUUGGCAGCCGUCCAAUACGCCAGAUACAUUGGGGCCGAAAUUUACGCCACAGUUGGAGGGCAGCGAAAGAAGGACUAUCUGAUUUCUGAGUGUGGUAUCCCCGCAGAUCAUAUUUUCUGGUCCCGAACUCUGGAGUUCAAAGACCAACUACUCAAAAAAACGGGUGGCCGCGGCGUGGAUGUCAUUCUCUCGACAAUCUCCGGUCCCGGAUUUCACGCGACAUUGAAUUGCUUGGCGCCGUGCGGAAGACUCAUUGAUGUCGGGCGCGGUAAUGUUCUGGAUAAGGGUAACAUGGGUCUACAUGCAUUUGAUCAGAGCAUCAGCCUUUUCUCGUUUGACCUUAACUUUGUGUUGGAACAGAAGCCAAGAAUUGCACAAAGGCUUCUGACAGACACAAUGAAGCUCCUCCGAAAAGGUAGACUCAGGCCGAUGAGGCUGGAUAGCACAUUCCACAUCACGGAGAUGGAGAAAGCUCUUCGAUAUUUCGGCCAAGGACAACACAUUGGAAAGGUUGUGCUUACCUACGGUCCAACCACUAAUAAGAUCACUCUAAAAGGUGCUCUUCAGCCUCGUGGUAUUAACGGCAGUAACAGCUAUUUGAUGGUGGGAUGUCAUGGUGGGCUUGGCCACAGCAUGGCUGAUUCCAUGAUCGAGCGAGGCGCCAAGAAUCUAGUCUUCUUGGGUCGGUCGAGCGAGACUAAGUCGGAUAUUGCUUCAUUCUGCAAAAGAGCUCGCGACAAGGGUGUGAAUGUGGUGACCAUUCAGGGCGAUGUUUCUAAGAUGGAGGAUGUUGAACGAGCUAUAGCUCAAGCCAUCUCAAUGGGGCCGCUCAAAGGAGUCGUACACGCGGCUAUGGUGCUACAGGACGCCUUCUUCGACUCUAUGACUUUGGAACAAUUUAAUACUGCCGUGCGCCCCAAAGUUCAUGGCGCCCUCAAUCUUCACAAUGCCACCAUCAAAUCAAACGCUGAACUCGAUUUCUUCUUUAUGACUAGCUCGACUGUUACAUAUGUCGGCCACAUUUCGCAGUCCAAUUAUGCGGCAUCUAACGCAGUUCUGGAUAACUUGGCACGCCAGCGCAUCCGGAUGGGCCUCCCGGUGACUACAAUCUCAUUGGGACCAAUCAAAGGCGUUGGCACGCUAAAUCGCAAGCCCGAGUACGCUGAGCACUUGUUAAGAUCAGGUCUGAUUGAGGCAGAAGAGUCAGAAUUUAUCCGACACUUCGAACGUUUCACGUACCCUCAGCCCGUAUCGAAUCUUUUCGAUAAACUCACACAAGGCCAUAUCCUCACUGGAGUUGAAUACUCCAAGCAUGAUCUCAGCAUGGUUCAGGUCACACGUAUCGAGCAAGAUCGCCGCUCGGCGCUUUUAGUGACGACGCUCGAGUCGCGAAAGACCGCUGGUAGCAUUGGUGGCGUGGCAGCGGAUACCAGCGGUGACGAUCAUCUCCUAUCAAACAUUCCCGAUGAUCGCGAUAAGGCUGUCAUUGUACUAGCCGACGCAGUAGCCCAGCGCCUUGCCAAGCUGAUGUUUAUUGCCAUCGAAGAUAUCGACAUCAGUCGUCCUUUCUCGCACUUUGGCAUCGAUAGCAUGUCCGGAAGCGAGCUGAUUCACUGGCUGAGCCAGAAGUUUGGGGUUGGAAUGUCAUUUCUUCAACUUCUGGCUCCGUCAUGCACGCCAAAGAGUCUCUCAGGGACUAUCUUCGAUACUCUAAUGAAGACAAGGGCCACGGUGGAUACAGAGAAAACCGAGGCUGUUGCGAAUGGUGGAUCCACCAUUACCUCCAAUGGCGCACAUGCAACCAAUGGAACCCAUGCAACCAACGGGGCUCAUGAAAGCAAGAGUGUAAAUGGAUCCAACGGCGUGGUUGAUAUCUCGGAUGCUUCCGAGAUGAAGAAGUUCUCCCAAGCAGUGAGACUAGCUAUUAUCGAUCCGAAGCCAGUAAUGCAUUCCUACGUGUGUUCUGUCGUCAACAGCAAGGGAGAUCAGCUUUACUCGCUGUCUGAAGGCACCUUAUCACAGGAAUCUGACGUCAAAGUCGGCUUUGAUUCGGUAUAUGGAAUGGCAUCUCUCUCCAAGCUCAUGACUACCGUUGCCAUUAUGAUUUGCGUUGACCGAGGGCAGAUCUCCCUCGAUGACGAUGUGGCUUCGAUUCUACCGGAUCUAUGCGCUCUUCCAGUCCUCGACGGUGUUGACUCUGAGGGUCGCUCUCUAACGAAGCCGCGAACUAAGACCAUCACACUUCGGUUGCUCAUGAGCCAUCAGAGUGGAUGUGGCUAUCACUCAACUCCUCAGCUGGCAAGGUGGGCAAGACAGCAUGGCAAGACAAAUAGUGUAUUUGAUAGCGACUUUGAAGUCAUGAAGACAUUCCCUCUCAUUUUUGAGCCAGGGGAAGGAUGGAUGUACGGCUGUGGUACUGACUGGGCGGGUGAAGCCAUCGCGCGGAUUAACGACACCACUCUGGAGGAAUUCAUGCGAGUCAACCUCUGGGAGCCUCUGGGUAUGACUUCAACCACAUUCCACCCCGAACGCCAUCCUGGCAUGAUGAGCCGGCUCGUGACCCUAUAUGAGCGCACCGACGAUCAGGGACUCCAACGCGGUAACUGGCUCUCACGAAUCCCGGCACAGCACGAUUGCGGUGGUCAUGGCCUGUGGUCGACGCCUCACGACUGGUCCAAGCUCCUCAGCAUGAUACUCGCAAAUGGCGGCUCAAUUCUCUCCAAAGCAAGCGUUGAUGAGAUCUUCAAGUCACAAACGGACGGCUCCAGUGAUCUGCAGGAUCUGUUGGCCGGCCCCCUCCGCGCAUCCCUUCGUUCUACUGUCGACAUGGAUGCUGGACGUAUCGAGAUCGCGUUAGGCGGCCCACUUUACGUGGAUCCCAUCCCUGGAAAGCGCUCUGCUGGCACGCUCCAGUGGGCAGGCCGUCCGAAUAUGUUCUGGUGGAUUGACCGGACGAAAGGAGUGGCGGCAACAACGUUUACGCAGGUUAUCUCGCAGGCCGAUCCCCGGUUUGAGGUGCUGACAAGCACACUGGAAAAGGCGGUAUAUGCCGAUUUUACCUGA